GAAUGACACAGGGAUGUCACGGGUAAAGGGGGGCGAACAGGGACAGGAGAGGAAAGAAAGGUGUUGGAAGGAGUAAUAAAAUAAAGUGAAGUGAAGAAGAAGAAGAAGAAAAAGAGCAAGAAGAAGAAUAAGAAGAAGAAGGAAAAGUAGGAAUCGGCGGAGGGAUUUCGAGUUUUCGGAGUUGGACUUUGCUACGCCCCGUCACCGUCGGCAAGAUUCUGUCUCCCAGGUAUCGGGCGAGUCCUGGGGUGGCGACAGAGGCACCCGCGGGUGGCCGUAGCCCGAAGGAACCACCUACGUGUACCGUGAUGACCGUCCAUCACCACCAGAACCACCACGUGGCGGCACGUAGCGGCGUCACAGUGGCGAACAGCAACGGCCUCAACCUGACCAGGAUGUCCGGCCUCGAGGCCCACAGGCUGGAGAACAUCGUGGAGAGGAACGGAGUGAGCGUGGAGCGUCUCUCGAAUGGGCUCGACUCGAGGAGCAACAAUCACGCGGGCAACAACGGGUUGGAGCGCGGGGACGCGUCCUCGACCACGAUGCCCCAGAGGUCUAGAUUCAUGAUCACCGACAUCCUCGGCGGCGCGUCCAGCAAGAUGCACCACCAGGCCGCCCUCCAGAGCCAAGAGCCACCGGCCAGCCCCCCGUCCACGCCCAGGGACCUCAGCGUAAGGCACCAGUCGAGGACAUCGUUGAACAACAGCAACCUCGACGAGGAUAGCGACGCCAGCCAUCACGAUGGCGCUUCCGUUACUUCCAAUGGUGGCAAGGAGGACGAUCCAAAGAGUUCCUCGUCGAGCACGCUGAGCUCGGCGCAGAGCAAGAAGCAGAGGAAGGCGCGCACGGCUUUCACGGAUCAUCAGCUUCAGACCCUCGAGAAGAGUUUCGAGCGGCAGAAAUAUCUGAGCGUGCAGGACAGGAUGGAGCUCGCGGCCAAGUUGCAACUGACCGACACCCAAGUGAAGACGUGGUACCAGAACAGAAGAACGAAGUGGAAGAGGCAAACGAUCGUCGGCUUCGAGAUAAUGGCGGAGAACAAUUUCGCGGUGGCGGCAUUCCAACAGUUGUACGGAAGCGGGGCAGCGGCUGUCCCGGCGCAUCCCGCUGCCGGACGAUACUGGCCUUACCCGAGCGCCCACGCACUGCCCGCGAACGGCCUCUUUUACCAGCAAGCGUCAGCGGCGGCCGUCACCUUGCAGAAGCCACUUCCGUACAGAUUGUACCCACCCGCCAUGAUCCUGGCCGGGCCGAGCAACCCCCUCGGAUCUUUGACCGCGAGCUCCAGCCUGUCCAACCUGAGCAACUACUACAGGGACAGCCCGGAGAUGGGCGAGGGGAGGGAGAGGGAGGGUAGGCAGCAGAGGGACAGAAGCAAGAGCCCCGUGUUGAGCGACAGGUCCCCCCUGAUGAAGGAGGAGAGGCUUUACGCGGCCACGAUGGUGCAAGCCGGGUCGAGCAACGCUGCCACCCUUGGAGGUACCUUGACAGCGAGCUCCAGCCUGUCCAACCUGAGCACGUAUUACAGGGACAGCCCGGAGGAUGGGCGGGAGGGGAUGGGCAGGGGGUCGAGGCAGAGGGACAGGAGCAAGAGUCCUGCCGGGUUGAGGGAAAGGUCCCCGAUGUGCAAGGACGAGAGGUUGUAUCCGUCCCCGAUGCUCCAGCCGGGACCGAGCAACAGCAGCGUGGCGUCGUUGACAGGUUCCGGGAUGCAGAAUUUGGGCGGUUAUUACAGGGACAGUCCGGACAUGAUCGAGGGAAGGGAGAGGGAGCAUUUGGGGAGAGGAGCGAGGCAGAGGGAGAGGAGCGCGAGCCGUUCGCCGAAGAGGGAGNCAGCCCUCAGAGUAUAAGGGCGGACAGUGACGACGAGAGUAUACACGAUAUCUAGGAUAAUGAACGAGGAGGAUGGAAGAUGAAG